UCUAGAUUUCGGCAGCCUGUUUUCAGAUAGAGUGCCAUAAAAAUAAUAAUUAGGCCUACCGCAAGGACCGUAAAGCAUUCAGGCCUUCAGGUGAUGAGAUUGGCUUGUGUAAGCAGCGCACGGUGUGGAUCUACUUGUCUUGAUUGUGUUGGAGCGGUAACCUGAUACACAGCCGGUGAAAAUCUCCCGACUCUGCCCUGGUAUGGAUGGGCUAAUAGCCGCGGGUGCUUUAUAAGUUUAUUUUAGGUAAUAGAGACGCUUGUUUUGUUACAGCCUUUUCCGCCCUCCUUUCUGUUCCCCCUCUUUCUCUCCCUGCGCAACUUUACCUUUGCUGAAAUUCUUUGCUUCUUAAAAAGGAUAGUCGUUGGAAGAAAGCGAUAGGUAUAGAUGUGAAGCGCAUGCGCUUUGUAGAAUUUCUUUCUUUCUUUCUUUUUUGUCGAGCAGCGCAUCGGUGCAAGUACCGGAGAGGAGGCAACUAGAGCAGGUGAGAGAGCAGCGAAAAGGGGGAGCGAGAGCAGGGGGAGAGAGGGAGGGCUAGUUUUCUGCACUUGAACGUAACCAGACGCACACAUAGAGCGUGGGAGCACAAAGCACACGGAGCCAGCUGAAGACGCCGCUGUUUCACACUCUCUGUCCUCUUGGCACCGCGCGCGCUCGCUCGCCAAGCCGCACCGUUUGGAAGUUAGGGGAAAGUUGUCUCUCUUUCUUUGGAGCAUACAGCCUGGAUUCGACUUUUUUUUUUUUUUUUUUUUUUCCUUUUUACCCCAGCAACUUGUUCAGCGGUGGACUUAAUUUAAAAAAAAAAAAAAUUUGUCGUUGUUUUUCCUCGUGUGCAAACUUUUGACUCAGGCUGAGGGAAUUAUAAGAGCACUGCAGAAUGGAAGGUAAAUUGACAAGUCGUGUGUGGCGAGGAUCACCGUGUGGAUCUUUCUGCAGGUAAAGAGCGCUAUGACUUGAGCGGCUGAAGCGGCUGGAUCCCAUGUGCAUGAAAUGUUUUUUUUUUUCUUCUUUUUUUCUAUUGUUUGUUGUUUUUGUUUCUGAUGUAGAUGAGGUUUAAUUAGUGAGUGGCUUCACUCGAGACGUAAAUCGACAAAGUAGGACGACCUACAAGUAGCACUUUGGCUUUUAUUUAGUAAAUUUCUGCCGCAUAAUUCACGCACUGUAAAAGGAAGUAAUUUCCUUUCACUGUUUUAUAUAUAUAUAUAGAUACUUUUUUUUUUUGCGCAUUGAACUGUUUUCACCAGACUUUUAAGCUGCUAUAAGCGCACGGAACGCUUUUAAUAGAUACACUUGUGGGGCGAUUCUGCACAUUUAAAAACUCGAAAACAGAAGAACUCUCGGCCUCAUCAAGCACUUUUCCAAGAAAUACGGAUAUAAAAAGCGAAGUUUGCCUCCAGUAACCUGAAAUCCACCUGGCCAGAUCUGGGAUUAUUUCAUCGAUAUCGUCUGCAGAGAGUGGAUUACUACUUCUAAAGCGCUAUUUUCUCCCUGAUCUCUGGCAGUAUGAACAUGAGGCUAGGUUGUGUUUGUCGGCCAGUUUGCUGGCCCUGUGGCAGCUUGCUGGACUCCAGGCACUGUGUCUUUGCCCUCACACUCCUCACACUCCUCAUGCAGGUGGUCGUGGAGGCCAACUCAUGGUGGUCUUUGGCCAUGAACCCUUUACUGAUCCCAGAGGCCUACAUCAUCGGGGCCCAGCCUCUGUGCAGCCAGCUGGUGGGUCUGUCUCAGGGCCAAAAGAAACUGUGCCAGCUUUACCAGGACCACAUGCAGUUUAUUGGCGAAGGUGCCAAAAUGGGGAUUCGAGAAUGCCAGUACCAGUUCAGGCACCGGCGCUGGAACUGCAGCACGGUGGACAACGCCUCUGUUUUCGGACGCGUCAUGCAAAUAGGCAGUCGGGAAACGGCGUUCACCUAUGCCAUCAGCGCAGCAGGGGUGGUGAACACAGUGAGCCGUGCCUGUAGAGAGGGCGAGCUCAACAGUUGCGGCUGCAGUCGGGCCGCUCGUCCCAAAGAUCUACAGAGAGACUGGCUGUGGGGCGGAUGUGGGGACAACCUCAACUACGGCUACAGGUUCUCCAAGGAGUUUGUGGAUGCACGCGAGAGGGAGAAGAGCUAUCCGAAAGGCUCGUACGACAGCGCAAGAUUGCAGAUGAACCUUCACAAUAAUGAGGCAGGAAGGAGGGCGGUGUCAAACCUUGCCGAUGUGUCCUGCAAGUGCCAUGGUGUGUCUGGAUCCUGCAGUUUAAAGACCUGCUGGUUGCAGCUGGCCGACUUCCGUAAGGUGGGCGACGCUCUGAAGGAGAAGUAUGACAGCGCAGCAGUCAUGAAGCUUAACUCGCGUGGCAAACUGGUGCCAAUGCACAGCAAUUUCAACGCUCCGACAAGCAUCGAUCUGGUGCACAUCGACCAGAGUCCAGACUACUGCUUAAAGAACCAAAGCACCGGCUCCAUAGGCACGGUGGGGCGCCUUUGCAACAAGACGUCAGAGGGCAUGGAUGGAUGUGAGCUGAUGUGCUGCGGCCGAGGUUACGACCAAUUCAAGGCAACCCUUGUGGAGCGAUGCAACUGCAAGUUCCACUGGUGCUGCUAUGUGAAGUGCAAGGUCUGCACCAAAAUUGUAGACCAAUUCGUCUGCAAGUGAUGAAAGACCCGUUGCCUUGCAGAUGAUGGUUGUACAUCUGUCUGAAUUCAUGAGCUGUGGAACACAGGAUGGAAGAAAGAAACUAUAUAAAUUAUAUUUAUAGAGUUAAACAAUUAUGUCCUUUGCAAAAAAAAAAA